GUCCCGUUAUCACAAACGUCGCGAAACGCGAUCGUAACAGUUGGCACUUUUACAUUAUUCGAAACAGAUUUUCCGAAUUCCGUGAUGACACCUACCCAUUGCAUUCUCGUUGCGCUGUCGCUGUGCGCGGUGGCUUCGUCCGCCGCCGGUUGUAAGUAUGCCGUCGAGUCGUACACCACCAGCGAUGCCAUGAUCGUCAACGAGGCAGCGUUCAUCGCACAAGUGAGCGCCGAGUGCGAGGAUUCACCGUCCAACCUGUAUGCCGAAGUGGAAGGCCGACUUCUGGUAGCGGCCAACGCUGGUCCAAACAAAUACCAAGUCAGUUGGUUGGACGACUUCAAGAAGGCUCGCCGAGGCGAUUACUAUGUGAAAUUUUAUGAUGAGGCUGGUUACGGUCAACUCAGGAAACUGUUGCGUGAUGGAGAAUCCAUCAGCAGUGUAACGCCUGUACACUCUGCGUACGUCCGUUAUCCCGGUGCUUACAAAGGUGUUUGGGUCAACUCUGAAUUCCUGGCUGCAAUUGUCAGCAUGGUAGUUUUGUAUUUUGCGUAUACGUUCAAGUCAAAAAUUGUCUCCUAAUUUUAAUAUUAUUUAAGAAUUUGAAAAUAUUUUGUUACAAAGUCUGCUCGGUUUUUAUAUGACUGUUAUUUUUAAUUUUUUUUUUUUUUCAAAAUCAUUAUUUAAAUAUUCUAAAUAAAGUAAGUAUUUGAAUUAAUGUGUUAAAUCAUUAUCAUAAGCUGCCCAAAAUCAGUGCCUACCUAACAUCUAUAGCAAUUAAAUAUGUUAUUAAGUUUUAAGAUAACUUGUAAUUUAGGUACUUUUACAAUUUUUUUUAAUAUAAUGUUUUCUUAGA